AAUUGAAGUUGAAGAUUACAAGGCAAACUCGCUAAGUGCCAAAUCUAAGAGGCUUCAGUGAAACAGAGCACCAAACUCCAGUUUCCAGUCUCUACUACACCAAAAAAUAAAAACCAUAGGGAAGAAUGGUUGAGAUGAAGAAGACACUGAUCUUUAUUCCCUCACCAUGGAUUGGCCAUUUAAACUCAGCCUUGGAAUUUGCAAAACUCCUUAUCAACACUGAUAACCAUCUUUCCAUCACACUCCUCAACAUUAAGCACCCUGGCACUCCCUUUUCAGGCUCAUACAUCAGAUCAGUUUUAGCCUCACAACCUCAGAUUCAAAUCAUUGAUCUCCCUGAAGUAAAACCACCUCAGAAUCAACCAGCUACUGCAUCCUCCCUCUGGAACUUCAUGGAGGGGAUCAAACCCCAUGUAAAAUCCACUUUGCAAAACAUUUUAUCAUCUUAUCUUAACUCUCAUUCAAACACAGUUGUUGGGCUUGUCCUAGAUUUCCUUUGUGCUCCCAUGGUUGAUGUGGGAAAGGACCUGGGUAUCCCUUCUUAUUUGUUCAACCCAUCAAAUGCAGGAUUUUUGAUCCUCCUUCUACACCUACAGAAACUUCAAAUUGAAGAUUUGUUGAGAUAUUCUGAUCCUGAGAUGUGUGUUCCUGGUUUUCCCAGUCCUGUUCCUUCAAGUGUUAUGCCUGGUCCUUUUUAUACAAGAGAUGAAGAAGGAGUUGUUGGUUGCUGCAAUUUUGCUAAGAAGUUCACAGAAACCAAAGGAAUUAUCAUCAACACUCUUUCAGAGUUGGAGCGGUAUGCUAUAGAUGCAUUAACUGAUGCACAAACCCCUCCAAUCUAUGCUGUUGGUCCUUUGAUCAAUCACAAGUGUCAUCCAAACCCAAAUUUAGAACAAGCUCAGCAUGACCUUAUAAUGAAAUGGCUAGAUGAGCAGCCAGAUUCCUCUGUUGUUUUUCUCUGUUUUGGGAGCAGGGGAAGCUUUGAUCCAUCUCAAACAAGAGAAAUAGCACUAGGACUUCAACAUAGUGGGGUUAGGUUCUUGUGGGCUUUGCGUUCUCCACCAACCAAUGACAAUGAAGAGAAGACUUUACCAGAAGGGUUCUUAGAAUGGAUGGAACUGGAAGGUAGGGGAAUGCUAUGUGGAUCAUGGGCACCCCAGGUAGAUGUUUUGGCCCACAGAGCCAUUGGUGGGUUUGUCUCUCAUUGUGGUUGGAAUUCCAUCUUGGAAAGCUUGUGGUUUGGGGUACCAAUAUUGACAUGGCCUAUCUAUGCAGAACAACAGCUUAAUGCUUUUAGGAUGGUUAGGGAAUGGGGAUUAGCUGUGGAGCUUAGAGUGGAUUACAGAGAAGGUAGUGCUCUUGUGAUGGCAGAGGAAAUAGAAAAAGGGCUGAAACACUUCAUGGAAAGAGAUAGUAUGGUGUACAAGAAGGUGCAAGAGAUGAAGGAGAUGGCUAGGAAAGCUGUCCUUAGUGGUGGAUCUUCAUUCAUUUCUGUUAGGAGACUUAUUGAUGACAUGAUUAGCAGCUAGCAAAUGAUGUUUUGCUUCAUAGAUGGAGUUGCCACUUUCUUAGAAUCAAUGAAUAAAGAUGUCUCCUUCAAAAAAAAAAAAGAAUUAAGUUGUCAUCUCAUGUCUGUAUUUAAUUAACUAUAGCAUAUGCAAGCAAUUAAUUCCAAAAGCAAGCUCAAAUUUGAAAAAGUUGUGGUUUGUGUAUGUAAAAUUUACUGUGGAUAUUCUCUGUUCUGCUUCUCCCA